AUGGCAGGGAGACAUAGAAAUGAAAAAGUAGAUGGUGAAUCCCCAAACUUCUUUUCUAACCUUGGUUCUGGAAGCCCUAAACCCAGACAGAAGUUUGGGGGAAUGUUCUGCAAUGUGGAGGGGGCAUUUGAAAACAAAACCAUCAAUUUUGAUUCACUGAGUGUUGGAAAGAAAACUUCCAAGAAGCUGGAAUUAAGCCAUUCAAACCCAUGCUUAGAUGAGCUUAGUGUAUCCGGCAGUGAGUGCAGCAGCCUGGGGAGCCUUGAUGGGCAAGGAGCUGACAAACUGGAUGAUCAGGAGGUAGAACCAGACAAGGGGGAUCUGGUACCAAAAGAUGCAAAGAGUGACCGGCUCCUAAUUAAAGCAGGAAAGAUAGUGAACGAUGACCAGUCAUUUCUAGCUGAUAUAUAUGUUGAAGAUGGGUUAAUCAAACAAAUUGGGGAGAACCUUAUAGUUCCUGGCGGAGUAAAGACCAUUGAUGCACAUGGUAUGCUUGUUAUACCAGGAGGGAUAGACGUCCACACACGGCUACAGAUGCCAGUAAUGGGAUUGACCGCUGCAGAUGACUUCUUUCAAGGAACAAAAGCUGCACUGGCUGGCGGCACUACAAUGAUAAUUGACCAUGUUUUUCCUGACGCUGGGAUGAACUUAGUUGCAGCAUAUGAUCAGUGGCGAGAAUGGGCUGAAGGAAAAGUCUGCUGCGAUUACUCCCUGCAUGUGGAUAUCACAUACUGGCAUGAAAGUCUUAAAGAAGAGUUAGAGGCAUUAGUGAAAGAUAAAGGUGUGAAUUCAUUUCUGGUCUUUAUGGGUUACAAAGACAAAUACCAGUGCACAGACGCUCAGAUGUACGAAAUAUUCAGUAUUAUUCGUGAACUUGGAGCCAUAGCGCAAGUGCACGCCGAAAACGGGGACAUCAUUCUAGAAGAGCAAAAGCGUGUCUUAGAACUUGGCAUUACUGGCCCUGAAGGCCACAUACUGAGUCACCCAGAGGAGGUUGAAGCUGAAGCAACGUACCGUGCAAUAACUAUAGCAAAACAAGCCAACUGCCCCUUGUACAUUACCAAGGUUAUGAGCAAAGGGGCUGCAGAUGUGAUCGCUCAGGCAAGAAGAAAAGGUACUGUUGUUUAUGGAGAGCCAAUUACAGCUUCUCUUGGGACAGAUGGCAGUCACUAUUGGAGUAAGAAUUGGGCAAAGGCUGCAGCAUUUGUUACCUCUCCUCCUUUAAGCACUGACCCGGCAACACCAGAUUAUUUAUGUUCAUUACUGUCCUGUGCAGACUUACAAGUAACAGGGAGCGCACACUGUACCUUUACUACCGCUCAGAAAGCUGUAGGAAAAGAUAAUUUCAUCUUAAUACCUGAAGGAACAAAUGGAAUUGAAGAAAGAAUGACAAUUAUUUGGGACAAAUGUGUAGCUUCAGGGAGAAUGGAUGAGAAUGAAUUUGUUGCUGCAACCAGCACGAACGCCGCCAAGAUAUUUAAUUUAUAUCCCAGGAAAGGAAGAGUUGCUAUAGGUUCUGAUGCUGACCUGGUUAUCUGGAAUCCAAAAACUGUAAAAAUAAUAUCGGCAAAGCAUCAUAAUUCGGCAGUAGAGUUGAACAUAUUUGAAGGUCUUGAAUGUCAUGGAGCUCCAGAGGUGGUUAUCAGUCAAGGGAAAAUUGUGUUGGAAGACGGGAAUCUUUAUGUGAGCCAGGGUUCUGGGCGGUUCAUCCCAAGAAAAACAUUCCCUGACUAUGUGUAUAAAAGGAUCAAGGCCCGGAACAGGUUUGCUGAGAUCCGUGGUGUUCCAAGAGGACUUUAUGAUGGACCGGUACAUGAGGUCAUAAUAACAGAUGCAUCUGCUGCCCAGACACCGACCUCAAGGACAGCGACCGGUGCAGGGAAAACACAGAUGACCCCAGGUCGUAAUCUGCAUAGAUCUGGAUUCAGUUUGUCUGGAUCUCAAAUGGAUGAUCAUAUUCCCAGACGUACAACUCAAAAAAUAGUAGCACCCCCUGGUGGCCGUUCUAAUAUAACAUCUCUUUCCUAAUACUAUACAGAUUGGAUACCAAAACGUCUGUUUGAAAGUAAAAACAAAACAAAAGGAAUCUGCACGAUUAUUAUGGUGGAAUACUAUCUCUUGAAGCAAUGCACCAAUUCACAAUUGUUUGUGUAUGAAGGUUGGAAGGGAUAUAGGUCAAUGUUGAAAAGUAGGCUAUAAAUGCUAUGUUUUGGCUUAGCCUGGGAAUAAUUGUUCAUAUUGAUUGAGCAAAAGCUAUUAGCUUGUUAGGUUUGUUCUGACAUUUUGGCUGGAUCAGUAUCAGUAACAAAAUUGUUGCCAACUGAAAUAUGAGUGAUAUGUUUUUUUUAUUUAUUUUUUUAUUUGUUAUUUUAGACUUUGUACACUCCUAGUAUAUCAGUGCUACAUACUGUACACAUCUAAAGGAUUGUUAAAUAAAGUUGCCAUCUCAUAAAGGGAUAUUAAACUCAACAUUUGAUUUCUCCAUAAAAUGUUUAAUUAAAAACAACAUUCCUUUAUUCAUAAUUUAGUUUACCUGCUUGGUCAGAUUGUGAUUAGUUAGACUACACGCUCAUUUACAUGUAUCCCUACAUAAGCACAGCAAAGAAGGCCAGGAAUAUGGAUUCCACCUGACGUUUCAAGAGCAGAAUGCCUUAGCUGCUCUUUAUUUGCAAAACUUUGUAAACUCUGCUAACAGACUGACAGUAUUAAAUGAUUAAAA